CUGGAAACGAACCCACUCGCAAGUGAUUUUCAAAAAAUAUAGUGAUUAAUUUAGCAACAAAAUGAAAGUGUUCGCGGCGGUAGUUCUUUGCAUUCUGAUUGCCCACGAGGCCACAGCCCAGUAUUCGCGAUGCCUGAAUCCCAAUCAAACGCCUGGACUUUGUGUGCUCAUUAGCGAGUGUCAGACGCUCUACUCCGUGCUGAAGCGGGCCACGUUGACCGAUCAGGAGAAGAGCUUCAUCAAGUCCUCGGCCUGUGGCAGGGGCAGCAACAAUCAGCCCUACGUCUGCUGCACCCAGGACACGGGCUAUGUGCGGACGCAACGCCAGAAUCCCAACUUUCCGGACUACGAUGGCUUUGGCGGCGACUGGGAGGAGGAGCGGCCCCAGAGUUUCGUCUUUCCCAGGCAAGAAAGGCGGCCCUGGAGCUUCGCCAACCAGCCAGCCACCAGCAGAACUCCGGUUCAGAAAUCAUCCACUGGCGAUGGCUCCAACCUACUGCCUCAGCCGCCCACCUGCGGGGGCGUGGCUAUCAGGAACCGGAUCUACGAUGGCCAGGACACCGAUCUGAACGAGUUUCCCUGGAUGGUGCUGCUGGAGUACCGCAGACGAACUGGAAACGGCCUGUCCACCGCCUGUGCAGGAUCGCUCAUCAAUCAGCGAUAUGUCCUCACGGCGGCCCACUGUUUGACUGGCAGGAUCGAGCGGGAAGUGGGAACACUUGCCUCUGUGCGACUGGGCGAGCAUGACACUCGCACCGCGGUGGACUGUCCUCCAAAUGGAGGCACUUGCUCGCCGGAGGUCCAGCGUCUGGGCAUCGAGGAGAUCCGGUUUCACGAAAGAUACAGCGAAAAGGCCUCCAAUCAGGUGCACGACAUCGGUCUCAUUCGCCUGGAGCGCAACGUCCGCUACUCGGACAACAUCCAACCCAUUUGCCUGCCCUCGUCGGUGGGCCCCGAGUCCAGGCAAUCCGGCCAGCAGUUCACCGUCGCCGGUUGGGGUCGUACUCUGAAGAUGAACCGCAGUGCGGUGAAGCAGAAGGUGGCGGUCAACUACGUGGAGCCCGCCAAGUGCAGGCAGAGAUUCGCGCAGAUCAAGGUGAACGUGGAGGCCACUCAGCUCUGUGCCGGCGGUCAGUUCCGGCAGGACAGCUGCGACGGCGACUCCGGCGGACCGCUGAUGCGAUUCCGCGACGACUCCUGGGUGCUGGAGGGCAUCGUGUCCUUCGGCUACAAGUGCGGCCUGAAGGAUUGGCCCGGCGUCUACACGAAUGUGGCUGCCUAUGACAUCUGGAUCAGGCAGAAUAUACUGUUACCUAUGCUCGGCUCGGUUCUGCGACUAUGGCUACUCCUCGGCUGUUUCCACCGCUUCCUGGCCGCCGGCGAAGUCCUGCAGGAGUGCGACAUUCCCAAUGAGACGAAGCGGGGCGUUUGCAUGGAGGUCAGCAGGUGCAAGGCGUAUCUGCAGGUGCGCAAUGCCACCAACUUGCCGGCGGAGAAGGUCAACUUCCUGAAGAAGGUGCAGUGCGAUGCUGCGGUGGAGCAGCAAGUCUCGGAGGCGCAGCGUUCCUACGACUCCCUCGUUUGCUGCCCGGCAAAUGGCCAGGAUUACCUCUUUCCCGUGCUGCAGUUCUCCAAGUUCGAGUACCGAAGAUUUCUGGAUGUGACCGCUCGUUUCAAGCGCAAGAAACUCAAGCGACGGAUUCAAACGGUGGAGCCGAGUUCGGGAUUCAAUUUGCUGCAUGAGUGCGGCAAGCAAGUGACUAAUAGAAUUUACGGCGGCGAAAUCGCCGAACUUGAUGAGUUUCCCUGGCUGGCACUGCUGGUUUACAACUCAAAUGAGUAUGGCUGCAGUGGCGCUCUCAUAGACGAUCGUCAUAUCCUCACAGCUGCCCAUUGUGUUCAAGGCGAGGGCGUUCGUGAUCGCCAAGGAUUAAAGCAUGUGCGUUUGGGCGAAUUCAACGUGAAAACGGAACCCGACUGCAUCGAGGAGCCGAAUUAUUUGAGCUGCGCGGACGCCGCCUUGGAUAUCGCCUACGACAAGAUCCAUGUGCAUCCGGAGUACAAGGAGUUCUCCAACUACAAGUACAACGACAUCGCCAUUAUACGUCUCAAACAUGCAGUAUCUUUUACUCAUUUCGUAAUGCCCAUCUGCUUGCCCAGCAAAUCCGAGCCGGUCACUUUGGCCGAGGGCCAGAUGUUCUCCGUUUCCGGCUGGGGACGCACGGAUUUAUUCAACAAGUACUUCAUCAACAUCCACAGUCCCAUCAAGCUGAAGCUGCGCAUCCCGUACGUCUCCAACGAGAACUGCACCAAGAUCCUGGACGGCUACGGAGUGCGCCUGGGUCCCAAGCAGAUCUGCGCCGGCGGCGAGUCCGCCAAGGACACGUGUGCCGGCGACUCCGGCGGACCGCUGAUGUACUUCGAUCGCCAGCACUCGCGGUGGAUGGCCUACGGCGUGGUCAGCUACGGAUUCACGCAGUGCGGCAUGGCCGGAAAGCCGGCGGUUUACACUAACGUGGCCGAGUACACGGACUGGAUCGACAGCGUUGUGCAGCAGCGGAAAUUGACGCAGUCAAUGUUGCCUUGACGUCAGAUUUCUUUCACAUUUUUUGGGGGAAGAACAAUUGGCGCCUAAUUGAAGUGGGUGGUUGGUAUUCGGAUUCAGAUCUGUUUACCUCCUUAUACCUUAUUUGUACAUAUUUUGCUAAUUAUCAACUAACAACAGCCAUCAACUAUUUGGUUAAGCGUGUGUGUGAAUGGAAUGAGUGCGGAAUGUGAGUGCCAGU